CCCGCCCUUUGGGGGUGGCUGCCUCAGCCUGGGACCUGCUUAGGGCUCCCAAGUCUGAGAGUUGCAGAGGAGCUCGCAGCCCAGACACUGCUCUGCUCUCUUCUGUCUCUUGCCGUCAGACUGCUCUAGGAGAAGGUGGAGACAAGGAGAGAGACGCGGGAGCACCACAGCAAGCUGUCCUGGCAACUGAGCCCUUGGAAUUUAGCAUCAAUGUACUCGGAGAUCCAGAGGGAGAGAGUAGACAUUGGGGGACUCAUGGCUCGCCCAGAAUAUAGAGAUUGGAAUCCAGAGCUCAUCAAACCCAAAAAGCUGCUGAACCCUGUGAAGGCCUCCAGAAGUCACCAGGAGCUACACCGGGAGCUGCUCAUGAACCACAGAAGGGGCCUGGGGGUGGACAGCAAACCUGAGCUGCAGCGAGUCCUGGAGCACCGACGCCGGAAUCAGCUGAUCAAGAAGAAGGAGGAGGAGCUGGAGGCUAAGCGCCUUCAGUGCCCUUUCAAGCAGGAGCUGCUGAGAAGGCAGCAGAGACUCAAUCAGCUGGAAAACCCACCACAGAGAGAAGAGGACCAUGCUCCGGAGUUCAUCAGAGUCCGGGAAAACCUACGCAGAAUCGCCACGGAUGAGAGAGCGCUGUAAAGUUCCCUCCACUCAGCUCCUGCCACUCACUCUGGCCCAGACCCUCCUCCAGCCCUCCUGAACCAGAAGGCCCUGGCACACACAGUGAUAUCAGCAAGGCAGACCAGAGGCUGACUAUCUCUGGGAAGCUGGGGCAUCCCCGCCCACUCACCCCCCACAGGGAAAUCUCUGUUUGGACUUCUCCUUUUGAGCACCUAGCCUUCGGUGCUAAGAAGCCACCACCAGUAAAGGCCUCCCCAGGUGCCCUCCCAGCUCCAACUCACUGAGUAAGCUUCCCUAGCAGAAGGGGAAGGAGGGCCAGUGUCCCCACAUUCUGCCUUAGCUUCCCAGCAGGCCCCUGCUUUGGGAGCAGCCCAGCUCCUAGUGUUGGGAGUAUCUCAGUUCAGGGUUGGCCUGAGGCCAAGAAUAUCUUGGAACUCCCAGAGCAAAGAAGGGACCUGACUGCGGCGAGGAAGGGCAUGGCAGGCCAAGUGGGAAGAGGCCUAACUGAGGCAGCUUGGGGCCUUGUCCACUUGCCUCAGGCUUUGGCUUUUUUCCUCCUGCUCUGCCCUCCCUGAAUUGCUAAGGACAUCUCACCCCAUUGCUCAGCUUCCAGCAUAGAACAGCACACUUUCCACACAUACAAAUCAGAGUCCUAUGAGGAAUCCCUGCAAGGGGCAUGUCUCACACACUCCCCGGGGAAGCCCAGGGCCCAGGACAUUGGUUUGAGUAGACAGCUAGGCUGAAGCACCCAAGAGUGGUGUAUUUUAGAAAUACACAACUCUCUGGACUCUCUGGCCUGGAGGUUCCCAGUGCCAUCUCUAAAGUUCCUAAAAUUCUUCAUUCAAUAUCCAUAGCCCCUCCCACCACACACACACACACACACACAGAGACAGACAGACAGAUAGACAGACAGACAAACAGAGAGAGAGAGAGAGAGAGAGAGAGAGAGAGAGAGAGAGAGAGAGAGAGAGAGAGAAAUGCCUGGAAAGCUCCAACCUAGCAAAUCGAAACGGCCUUGUGAUUGUAACUGCCAAUCUUCAUUCUUUACCACAAUAUAAUUCCAUCAAAAAAUGAAAAGAAAAAGAAAUCUUAGCUUUUUGGAAAGCAAAUAUAGGAUUCCCAAUUGGCUCUGGAAAGAGAGAGCUUUGGUGAUGGAAUGGCCUCUUAGGGUCAACAUUGCCAGCUACUAUCACCUGAACACCGCCUCCAUCUGGAUCACCCCCACUCUUCUCCUACACCAUUUUUGAAGACCUACAGAAAGGCCUGAAUGCUUCCCCCUGAAAAAUGAAACCCAUGCCUCAGCUUUCAAGCCCUUUGCUGAAGGGACGGCACUGUCAGAGACACUCAGAUCUCCCUGUGGGUGUGCUGGGUGCUCUGGCUCCAGGAAAUGAGAGGAGGACAGCGUGUGGGUGUGCCAACAAAUGGAGAGUCUGUCUCUUCCUUGUGCAUGGUGCCAGCAUAGAUGUGUAAACAGACUCUCUGUCUCUCUGUCUCUCUGUCUCUCUGUCUCUGUCUCUCUCUCUCUCUCUCUCUCUCUCUCUCUCUCUCUCGUGCAUGUAUGUACACAUGCAUGUGGUGUGUUCCAGCUCUAAGGGGGUCUAAAUGCAGUGAAGCUGUCUUAGUUAUCUGCUGGCGAGGUGUUAUGCUGAACAUGUGUGUUUCCUAAAUAUACCGAGGAUUGCCUCUCUACAGAUAUGUCUGGUGUUCUGACAUACUUGGAGGAAAUUGCAAGUCACAGAGAUGACACCCCAAAGCACAAGGGACCUCACGGCAGGUCACCCAGGAGAACCAUGGCAGACACCUUGAUGCUCUUGCGAAUCAAUGCAAUCUUUCUCACCAUGUCCCACUAGAGACUAUAAAUACAAAUUCUCACUCUCGCAGCCUUCUCUGCAGGUUUGGGUGACCAUGUGACCAGGUAUAGCCAAUGACAUUGAAGCGGAAGUCUCAGAAGCUACUAGAAAAUGCUAUGCUUUGCUGAGAGGCUCGCUCUGCUUGACUAGGGAUAUGAUGCCUGGAACAUUAGACACCAUGUUCCACCUGAGGAAAAGGCCAACAGAUACAUUAAGCCUUGUGAUCAUUUGACCAAGCAAGUGCCAACAGCUCUCCAUUUCUGAACUGCUUGUAAAUAAAAAUAAAUUCCUGUUUGUUUAA